GCAAUUUCACAUGAAUCUCGCAGAAAAUACCUUGACCUUUCCUCCUCUUGUCUUUUGUCUCUUUUGUUGAGAUAUGGAUGAUGAAAAAAAAUCCCCUUUUCCUUUCCGCAGUAGUUAUGGUUAAUUAUCUCCCUCUGAUAUCGUCUAUUCGAAGAGGAAGAGGAUCGAAAAGACGAAUAGGAGACAGCUUGGACAUUCCUUUGGAUCUCCUGAUCGAGAUCCUGACCAGAUUGCCUGCUAAAUCGCUGAUGAGGUUCAAGUGCGUCUCAAAGCGGUGGUCUUGUCUUAUCCGUUCCCGGUAUUUUAGCAACCUUUAUCUUCUUACUGCCGCAUCCCGACCAUCUCGUCUAUACAUGAGUUUGGUGGAAGACCACCGCGAGUGCGAUUCAAUGGAGGUCUGCCACAACCCCGGAAAGUCUGUACUGAUAUCAUUCUCAUCAUCGUCUUCUAGUGUUAGUGGUGAGUCUUUCAGCCCAGAUUCGACCAUGCCAGGGCUGGGAGGAGGAAACAUGAGGGUUCUUCGCGGCUUGAUUCUGUACAAGGUUUGCGGAAGGGCGCGUAUCUAUAAUCCCGCCACCAGGCAAAUCGUGACCUUACCCGCCGUCAAAUCCGAAAUCUUUGCUCAGGAAGAACCUGGUAAGGAUGUCCUCUACUCUCUGGGACACGAUCCUGUCCUUGACCAAUACAAAGUUGUCUGCAAUACGGUGAUAUGGUCGGAAGAGCCUGAGAGGGUGACCUCGGAGUAUUGGGUCUUGCUACUGGAAGCCGGAGGUUUUUGGAAAAAGAUCGAGUUUGAUCAACCCCACCAUCCUACUAAACAAGGAAUGUGCAUCGAUGGAGUUAUAUACUAUCUUGCUUCCACUUGUACCUCUCGCGAUGUCCUAGUCAGUUUCCACGUUAGCUCUGAAGAGUUCAGUAUGAUCCCGUUAGCACCUCACGAGGUGUCUGAGUGUGUGGGGUUUACAGAGUAUGGUGGAAAGCCAACAGUUAUUGAUCAUACCCAUCUCGUAGAAAAAGGCUUGGUGGACAUAUGGGUCCUUGAAGAUGGUGGAAGAUGGUCUACGAAAUCUCUGGUUGUGAAGCCUUGUCAGAUGCAUUUAGUCGAUCACAUUAACAUCACUGAUUGGAAGGUGAAAGGUACAACUCAAAACGGCGAGGUUAUCUUGGCACCCAAUACCAAGCUUUCCCCUUGUUACAUUCUCUAUUAUGAUCUGCUGAAGAAUGAUUUGAGAAAGGUUACUUUCAUCAGAGAUACAUCGGGCCACGGGGUUAGUAACCCGUACGUUGAUCUCAAGCUUAUCGGUGAAAGCAUCUUGCACUUGGAAACGUGAAUGCGUUUUUCUUUAUCCUCUAAGAUUAUCAUUUGUCUUAUUGUUUUUGCCUUUAAUAUAUACUACAGUGGAACUAUUUAUUUUACUUCAUCAAUAAUCGUAUGCGCGUCAUUCUGUUUCAACAUCAUCAAGCCAAAUUGGACUAGUUUCUCAAUAAGACUAGCAUUGUGCAUCAAUGGAGUUAUAUAUUAUUUCGCUUGCACUCGUACCUCCUUCCAAGAUUGGACCUGCAGAGAAAUUCCUCAUAGCAUUGCUAGAAAUUCCUUUCGCCUUCAAGAGGAUCGAUGCAAUGCUCUACAUUGUCAACUUCGAAUCAGAAACAGAGUACCUUAAAAGAUCCUUCGACACCCUCGAGGCUGCUCGUGGUGAGUUAAAGAACACUCGCAUGUUCUUGAAGCUUCUUGAAGCGGUGCUCAAAACUGGGAACCGAAUGAACAUAGGAACCAAUAGAGGCGAUGCGCAUGCUUUCAAGCUUGACACGCUCUUAAAGCUGGUAGAUAUCAAAGGCGCGGAUGGGAAAACCACCUUACUGCAUUUCGUGGUUCAAGAAAUCAUAAAAUCUGAAGGAGCUCGAGUUUCUUCUACUCCGACUCAAAGUCACAUAGGCGAUAACAUAGCCGAGCAAUCUGCAUUCCAAGACGAUCUAGAGCUGAAGAAACUCGGGUUGCAAGUGGUUUCAGGUCUCAGCUCUCAGUUGAUAAACGUCAAGAAAGCAGCUGCAAUGGAUUCGAAUUCUCUCAUCAAUGAAUCAGCGGAAGUAGCCAGCGGAAUAACGAAAGCCGAGAAAGAGAUCACGGAGAUACAAUCCCAUGGAAGCAGUGUCAUGAAGAUGGUUAAAGAAGUAACGGAGUAUUUCCACGGAAAUUCGGAAUCUCAUCCUUUUCGCAUAUUCGCUGUGGUCAGAGACUUUCUGACGAUUCUUGAUCAAGUGUGUAAGGAAGUUGGUCGUGUAAACGAGAGAACAGUGUACGGAUCCGUACAACGACCUUCACCGUCGAACCAGACCGUCGUCACGCCGCUUUUUCCUGUGGUUAACGAUAACAGUUCACGGCUAAGUCACUCUGGUUCUCUAGACAACAACGACGACGACUCGUUCUAA